AUGUCUCCAAGAUCCCUCACGGCAGGUCGUCUUCUACUCGAGCAGCUACACCUGGCAUGGGGUAUGGCCAUCGCCCCGCGCCAGCAAGUGAUUUGCACCUAUGAGACGGCAGCCAGCUCCGGAGAUACUUGCCACUCUUUCUCGGCGGAUUGGGGCUUGGACGUGCAAACCUUCGAGUCUCUCAACCCGGGCAUCACCUGCCCGGCCCUCGUGGCCGGUCAGAACUACUGUGUAGUCGGCACAGCUUUAUCUGGUGGAUCGACUACAAGCUCCUCCUCAACUCUCACUACCUCCACGUCAACAAUGACAUCGCUAUCCUCAUUGACUCCACAUCAACCGCAACAAACCGGCACCGCCGCCAAUUGCGACCAAUUCUAUCUUGUUCAGAUUAAAGACUUGUGCAAAAAGAUCGAAGCCCAGUUUGACAUCAGCGCAACCCAGCUCCUUAAGUGGAACCCAUCUGUCGACUCUGGUAGGUCCUUCCAUGUUCUCCGAUCAGUGUCCACCGGCAUGACCGACAACUGCAGCAAGUUUGACCUCAUUCAAUCCGGUGACAGCUGCGAAGCCAUCGCCGUGAAAUACGACAUUCAACUGUCCACCUUCUACACCUGGAACCCGGCGGUCGGCUCGUCCUGCGCCGACCUUGACGUGGGCUAUUAUGUCUGUGUCGAGACCCUGGACUACACAGCGCGGACGACCACGACAACCGCCACCGGCAAAGCCAUCACUAUCCCGACGCCUUUCGAGCCCGAAAUGGUGGCUGGCUGUACCGCUUUCUAUUUCGUCCGCUCGGGCGAUACGUGCCCGUUCAUUGCUAGCAGUCACGGCAUCACCGUCGCCGAUAUUGAGGAGUGGAACCCCAAAGUCGGGUCCGCCUGCACGGACCUCUGGUUGGAUGAGUACAUCUGCGUGGGCGUCUGA